GUUUCUUAUUUACUAAUUAAAUAUUACGAUGGAGGCUGUUCCUCGUUUGCCGAUGCUUAGUUGCGAUCUUAAAAUAAGUCCUAGUAAUACUGAAUUUGGAUCUGCUUUAAAAAAGUAUAUUAGAGACUACUAUCAUGAAGACCCUGAAUCAUAUGCUAAAGAGAUUAAAGAAUUUGAAACUCUCCGAUUGAAUGCCAUAAAAGCGCCUAUGGAUUUCACCGGAUGUAGUAUCCUGAAACGUUACUACUCACAGCUUCAUAAGUUGCAAAGUCGUUUUCCAAUGACUGAUGAUGGUGCUGCAUGCGUUCCUUUUAUGUGGACUGAUAUUUAUUCUGGAGUUGCUUACAACAUAACAGAUAUUGAAUAUGAAGAAGCUUGUAUUCUCUAUAACAUUGGGGCUUUGCAUUCUAAAUUAGGAACUAUGGAUUCCAGAUGUAAUCCUGAGGGAAUGAAAAUAGCAUGUACUCAUUUCCAGUGUGCUGCAUGGGCUUUUCAACAUCUACGUGACACUUAUCCUCAACCAAAGGGAAGCGACAUGUCACAUGAUCUUUUAACCUUUUUCAUAAAUAUUAUGUUGGCUCAAGCUCAGGAAUGCAUUCUUGAAAAAUCUAUGUUAGAUAGCCGUAAAUCAUCGAUUACUGCAAAAAUAGCUGCUCAAGUAGUUGACUAUUAUAAAUGUGCACUUGGCAUAAUGGUGUCAGGAAGCCCCAGUACAGAUACAGGCAGUAUUUUAGACAUUGUUGGUUCCAAAAUAUUUAAGAGCUGGAAAAAAUUUAUUGAAUUCAAAAUAGCCUACUAUUCUAGUAUUUCUCAUCUCUACAUGGGUAAUCAGGCUGAAGAAAAUGAAAAAUGGGGAGAACGUGUGUCUUGGUUUCAGUCUGCUUUUGAACAUUUGAGUGAAGCUUUUAAAAUUGCCAAGGGAAUAGACAGAGAUGACCUCAAUGAGCCUCUUACCUUCACAAUGGAUGUUAUUGGUGGAAAGCAUAAUUCAUCGAAAAAAGAAAAUGAAUUUGUUUAUCAUGAAAAAGUUCCAGCAAUUAGUAGUUUGCCGGAGUUAAAAGGUGCAUCACUUGUUAAAGGAAUACCAUUUAGUAUCACUGAUCCUGAUGUUUCAGGAGUUGAUAUAUUUGGCCGUUUAGUACCUAUGGAGGCUCAUGAAGCAUCUUCACUGUAUAGUGAAGAGAAAGCAAAAAUAUUGAGAUCUGUAUCCGAGAGAAUCAAGGGGAAAAAUGAAGAAUUAAUGGCUUACUUAUCAUCGCUUCAACUUGAAAGCUCAUCUUCUUUUGAUAAUGAAGAAAAAAUCCCUCAAGAAUUACUAGAAAAAUGUGCAGCUUUAAGUGUUCGACCUACAGCUAUAUCAGAUUUAUCAGAUUUAAUGGCAGAACUGUUGAAGGCAUCAAAAGAUGUUGAAACGGCUUUAAAAAACUCAUCUGUGAUAAUUUCAGAGGAAGAGCAAAAAGAAUUAAAGCAUCAAGAAACAUUUGGGAAACGAGGACCAUCAAUGCUGAUUGUUGAACUAAAAAAGGAAUGUUCAAAAUAUGAAGAAGCUCAUAAAAAAGCAGUAGAUUCUAAUAAUACUUUACAAGCUGCUGUUAACAUUCAUCUUGGGAAUUUGACUAAACUUACAGCCUCGUUGGAAGAAUUAGCUGAAAGUUUGCCUUCUCUUGCAUCAAUCAAAACACCAGAAAAUGUUCAAAUUAUGGAACAGUUUAACCAUCUCAUUGCAAAAGUUGAUGAAAUGCAGAAACAACGACAAUAUUUAGAGCAACAACUGCGCAAUGCUUUAUUGGCAGAUGAUAUCACAAAGCGUCUUGUUACUAUGGAUAAAAAGGAAGAUCUCCAGCAUACUUUUGAUGAAGAACUGAAGAAACAUAAUGAAAUUUUAACAUAUUUGGAUCAAAAUCUUACUGCACAAGAUAAUAUAUUGUGUGCUCUGACAGAAGCAAAUGCUCAUUAUGCUGAUACCAGAAAAGCCAUUGCAGAGGUCAAACACAGGCGUAAUGACAUGGUGAAAUCCUUAAUUAGUUCAUUUGAUGCAUAUGAUGAUUUAGUAGCAAAAGCAAAAACAGGUCUUGAAUUUUACAAGAAACUACAAGAAAAUGUUUCUCGGCUUUUCACUCGUGUACGCAGUGUUACUAAAGUUCAGGAUGAAGAAAGGUCUCAAAUUACAGAGGCAGAGUUACGAAAAGGAUCCCGGGUGUCUACACUUCCAAAUAUGCCUCCAACAGAACAGCAUGUUCCCAAAUUAAAGGACUAUCUUCCUUACAUGACAAAUCGAGGAGUCCCACCAGGAGUUGCAUCUUUUAACAACUAUAUUCCUACAUCACAACCAGCAGCAGCAACUGGACAAUAUACUUCACAACCAAUUAGGCAAGCAACUCUCGGUGGUCCUGUAGCUCCUGAUCCAAAUAGGAAUUUCAAACCCGGAGAAAAUUUUCGGACCGAAGAAAAUAUUGAUACAACUUCUAUUGGAGUAAGGCCAGCUCCAGUUGGUUCUGAGCAGACUGCUGUUCCAGCAAUGUGUUCUGCAAGUUUCAAUGCAGCACAGUCUGUUAGAGUGGCUAAUUUCAGUAUUCCACCCCAACUUCCAGCUUCUGCCACUUCAGGGACACCCGUUGGUCAGGUAUUUGCUUCAAAUGUGGCAAAUCAAUACACAAAACCUCCAAAUCUUUCUAACAUCCCUGUGUCUCAAGUCAUGUCUGAUGCCACAUAUACACAUUCAAAAGAUUCUUAUAAUUCUGUUUUGCCAUUCUCAAGAAGUUCUGAUAGCAUUUUGUAUCAAGGAAAAAAUUACAUGGUUCCUCAACCUGCUAAUUUUGCUGCAGUACCAUUUUCAGGUGCACCUGUGAUGCCAAAUUCUUAUGGAAGUAUGCCUCAUUUCAAUGCAUAUUCUGCAACAACAUCGACUGGUUCACCUCAAAUUGGACAUGCCACCCCUUUCCCUAUGUCUAAUUCAACAACUUAUUUAAAUUCUUCCACUUCACCAGCUGCAAUUGCACCUAUGCAGUCUUAUAGCAAUUCCGCUGUUACUAACAUGCGGAAAGCUCCUCCUAUCCAAAGAGUGCCUAGUGGCACUACCUUUCCCGACAGUGUACCUACUAUGCAAUUUCCAGCUACAACUUCAGCUCAGUUGUUUGAUUCUAGAAAUCAUCAUUUUUAUUCUUCUCCCGGAAAUACAAAUGGUUAUCAACCUGCAGCUAUAUCAUCCGUAGUUCCUGCAUCUGUGCCUUCUUCAGCCAUGCCUACUUUCAACAGUGUUUCUUCUCCAUCAGCUACAAAUGCUCAGAUUCAACCAACUGUGCCAUUAUCUAUGCAACAGAAUCGAUUUCCUUCUAACUACAACAUGCCAAUUUCAUCUUAUGGACCUAAUAUUAAUUCAGGGUAUAAUUAUUAUGGGACACCUUAUCAAUCAAAUCAAAAUUAUCAAUCUUCUGGUAUUGCUAUCCAAGGAGCACAGACUAGUGUCACUCCAUCAAUUGAUACAAGAACAAGUGUACUAAAUUCUACAAAUCCUAGUGUGCCUGGAACUUUGAAUUAUCCUGUACCACAGCAACAAAAUGUGAAUGCAAAUUAUUAUACCAAUAUGUCAGAGAAAACACUGACAUCAUCAGCUCCAGUACCCUCCUUAUCUUGUCAGAAUUUUACUUCUUUCUCUCAAGCUAGUAAUAUCAAUUCACCGGUGAUACAACCUAGUAGUUUUCCAGCUUAUGGACCUACAGUUCCUCCUCAGUCUUAUCAAUAUGAUGGAAAGAAUACUACAACCACUUAUUCAUUCAAUUCAGCUGCAUAUAAUGUAUACAAUUCUCAGUCGAAUUGCAUACCAAAUAAUAACAUUGGAGCUGUGUCUCAUACUUCAGGCAUAGCUGGUAUUCAGCAAGUUUCUACUCAAUCUCCAGCUAUGAAUAUGCAAAGUGGUAGUACUGUGCAAUCAGGUGGUCAUCAUGCCGGCCAAGAGAAUUUUCAUAUCACUGGUGAAUCUAUAAGUCAACAGAAUUAUUCAACUGCUAAUUCUGUUUACAAUUCAAGUUUUCCAAUACCCAGUCAGCACCUUCCUGCUCCUAUGGAACCUAAGCUUGCCGUUCCAAGCCCGCCGUUACAGACAGAACAGGUUGGUAGUGUUCCAAAUCAAGCUAAUGAGCAAGUUCCCAUCAUUGACCAAAAACCUAAAGCUCCCCAAGAAGCAGUCGCAAAUGCUGUACGAGAUUUGAUUACACCUCCGCCAGAACCUGAAUCUGUUAAAAAUCAAUUUAAAGAAUCUGUUGAAGAAUCCACGCAAGUAUUGCAGCCUAAGGUCAUUGAUUUAACAAGCAUCACCUUGUUAAAAGAAAAAGAGCUUUCACAUCAAAUGAAAGAUCCUUUGGAUGACUCUUCUGUCAGAGCAAAAUUUGUAUCUGAAGUGGAAAAAUAUGAAAAAGUUGUUGACGGAUUAGUGAGAAAAUCCUUGAAUGGAACAACACCUCUUGAUCAGAAAUGGAAAGAAUUUAUUGAUGCUCAAGACAAGGUGUCUAGAAAAAUGUCAAUUUCUGUUGCUCGUUGUUGCCCUUUAAAGAAUCGUUUCCCCGAUGUCAUGCCAUAUGACUGCAAUAGAGUGAAACUAACUACUGCUAAAGAUGAUUACAUAAAUGCAUCAUAUUUAAAGGAUAUUUGUCCCAACAGCCCUAUAUUUAUAUUAACCCAAGCACCUCUUCCAAGUACAUUUAAUGAUUUUUGGCUUAUGGUUUGGGAGCAGCAAGUCGAGACUUUAGUGUGCCUUUUAUCUGAUCUAGAGCUAAAGAAUCAUGUAUAUUUCCCGAAAGAACGAGGACAAGUGCUGACUUAUGGAACCUAUGAAAUAUCACUUCAUAGUAAUAAAGAAAAAAAUGGUUUUAUAGAAAGAAUGAUUAAUAUUACCCAUAUAAAGAACCGAACAUCCAGGGUAGUUGUUCAUUUGCAAUUUUCAUUGUGGCCGGUGAGUGGUGUGCCUAGCUCUGCUGCUCCAUUUCUACAAUUUACAUCUGAUGUACUUAGCUAUUACAAGCAACAGCGAAAUCUCCUGAGACCAGUUGUUGUUCAUUGCAGUGCUGGAAUCGGUCGCAGUGGCUGCUUUUGUUUAGUUAUGUCCUUAGUUUCUGAGAUGAACAAUGGUCAUGGGCCUAGAGAUGUUGGUCAAGUGGCUUCUACUAUCAGUCAGCAAAGGAAAUUUCUUUUACAAGAUAAAGAUCAUUUGAAGUUUUGCUAUGAUACUGUUUUGUAUUAUGCCCAAGACUUAUUGAUGAGAAGAGGUAUUUUAACCACAAGAGCUACCUUUGAAGACAAGUUGCCAAGCUCAGGAACAACAAGUUCUCACGUUCGCCAUCCGUCAGAGGACUUCAUUUUAGGCACCGGUGGCUUAGCAAAAUUGCAGUCGGGAAUUGCAAAAAUGGGCAUUACUCCUGACCAAACAAACAGUGAUAGUACAUCAGUAGAUAAAGAAACCUUUCCCAAAAGCCCUGUAUCUUUAGGAAACGGGAAUGUUGCAGGAGAUUCUAGUUCUAUUGAUAAGCUGGAUGUAAAUGUAGACAAGCCUGCACCAGUUAAUGACACUGACUCUAAAAUUGAAUCCACACCUACUGAAGAAUCGAAAAGUAGAGAACUAUCCGGUGACAAGAAUGUACUACCGUCAAUAACUAGUCUUCUAGAUCCAUCAAAUUUCACUCUAGAAUCAACAACUUCUCCAGCUAAAAGAAAAAUAACUAAAGAAAAUUUCAUUAGCUCUAAAGGAAGUCUGUCUACUUCAAGUUCUGAUAGUGCAGAUCCUCUUAGCCAAUUAGAUCCUUUGUGGUCUUUAAAGAAAUAAUUUGCAUGAGUACUCAUGUUGCAAGUGUCUUAAUAUAUUUUGUUUCCAAGCUUACUCUUUGGAGAUAUAUCUUACGAAGUAAUUAUGAAGAGUUGUAUUUUGAUACUCUUUAUAUUUUGCAAAGCCUCAAAUGCUUAGUGUAAAAUACAGCAUCAUGCAUCUAUUUAAAAACUUUAGUUAAAUAUGAAUGUAAUUUUUAAUUAGGCAUUUUAAGUAUAACGUGAGAAAAUAAGUACUUUUCGCUUAAAAUGUUUAUGAAGUCAUUGCGCUAUUUUUUAGAAUAAUAUGCAAAUAUUUUUUACAUUUAUGACGAGUUUUAUAAUUGCGAUAUAAAUUUUUCAUUCUUAUAUCGUUUUUUUAAUCUUUUUUUUAAUAUUUCAGUUAUUGUAUAUUUAUAUGUUUUUCUCUGAAGAAUUCAAAAAGCUUUAUGACUGAAACAUUUCAAAAUAAACUUUGCAAUGUUCCAUUACUGUUCAUUUUUCUUUCUUUCCUUCUUCUUUUUUUGUUUUUAUUUCUUUUCCUUUCUUGUUUUUUUUAUUUCUUUUCCUUUUUUUUUCCUUCUUCAUAAGCCUUAAUAUUGAGCUAUACUUUUUUGUUGGUUAAUAAAUAUUUGUAGUUAAUUUAUAAAAUUUGUAGUUAAUUUGUUUCUUAAUAUUUGUUUUCUUAGUUUGCUAUAUUGUAAAUAAAUAUCAUGUUAUUUAUGGAGAUUUAGUUCUGACAGUUUGUUUCAAUGUUUUAGUGUUACUUUCAUGACACUCACAAUACGCGUUUCUAAGAAAUAGGCAGAUAAAUCCAUUUACUUAAAGUUAUUGAAAACAAGCUUUGAUAUAGAAAUUGCUGUUUUUGUAAAUCUUCCUACUCUUUGAAAUAUUCUGCCUUUGUGACUUUAUUACACAUAAACAUAUUAGAUGAUAUUUUCCUAAAAUUCUUGAUGCUAUUGAAUUUUGAUUUUCUAAGAUUAAAAUUUCCAUAAUAAAAUAAGCAUUCACCUAUACCAUUGCUUAUUUUGUUUAAAAAAAAACCAUCAAAGGAAUAUGUAAUUUUCAUAAAUUUUGUUUGCGUUUUGCCACCCUUAGUAUAACUAAAAUGUUUGGGUUCUUUUUGGAAUAAAAUUUUCAUCUAUUGAUUCAAAUAAAUAAAUAAAUAAAUAAUAAUAAUAAAAUUUCUAUAGUGAAAUAAUCCCCAUCCACCAACUUCUAAUGAGAUUGAGCAUUACAUUUGCGAAAUCUGUAGUUAGAUGUAAUUUGCUUUCAUAAUAUUUGAAACAAAAUUAGUUUUUUUCUCAAGAAAAUAUGCCAUACACUUGACUUUGAAGUAAACAUGGAAUGUAAUGAUUGAAUGAUUGUGUUUUGUGCAAUAAAGUUGAUAAUACAAUUAACAUAACAACAUUUUGUAAAAUUUCCUGUAGUUUCAUCUGAAAUGAUUUUUUGGUAAACUGUAGUGUUUGGUCUACUAUAGAUUUUGAUACUAACAAAAAUAUUUUGAAUAAAUAUUAAGUAUUGAUAUAAAUAAUUUUCCGUUUUAAUAUGG